AUGUCGGACAUGCAAGAAAUAAAAGAUUUAUUAAAAAAGAUCAAUGCUAAUGACUUAUCAAAGCUCACACAUCAAAUAGUUUCAAGAUUAUGUACCAAGAAGUCCCUAAAUUUUCAAAGUUAUUGCCAGAUAUGGAGUUUAGAAGAAUGGUGGAUUGUAACAAACUUUAUUGAGGAACAUGUUAUAAAAGCAGUCAAAAAUAAACUGACCAAAGAUGAAGUAUUAAAAUUAUUCGAAACAACUGGUAUAUCAGAUGAAUAUAGUCAAUGUUUAGUAGAAGUUGUAACAGCUCGUAAUCAAGAGACACAACAAUAUUUAAAAUUAAAAACAUCACAGAUAUCUCACAAUGUACUCACAGAUUUUGACUGGCAAAUGAAGUUGGUGAUGUCAAGUGAUAAAUACUCCUCUAUUCAUCAACCAUUAUUAAAUUUAGAUCUUCAAACAGUCACUAGUAACAAUGAUAAUCAAACAGUGUCAUUAGAAUUAAAUAAAGAAGAUUUAAAGAAACUAAUAUCUAGUUUAGAUGGUGCUAGUAAGGCUGUACAACAGUUGACAACAUAGUGUCUCCCACGUAGGAUGGGGAAGAUUUGUGUUAUAUUUUUUCUUUAAUAUAUUCAAUGGACCAAUUUUCUCUUACCUUAAUGCAAUUGUUGCAUCAUGGAUUUAGCACAUAGAAUGGAAUGCUGCCAUAUAUUUUGUUUCAUUGCACUUAAUGAAAACUUGUGACAAGGCUGGUGAAAACUGGAAUGAAGCAGCUUUCAGAUUGUGAUUAAUUUUCUUCUUCUUGAUAGGGGGACAAAAAAAAAUUAUGUGGUGUGGUUUCUGUAUGAAUAUCAGUAUUUCAAUUGGAUAAGAAUUUAAAAUUGAGGAUAAAAAGUAUAAAUGAAGAUGUGAUGUAAUUUCUGCAUGUAAAAAGUAAUGUGGUCAUCCAAAUAAUUGCUUUAACAUUUGAAAAAUCUUAAUUUCAACUGUCUGGUUUAAAAUUUAAAUUUUGCAACUUGACACAUUGGCCGAAGUGACAACAGUCUAAGCUAUUUAAUUGUAGAUGAACUAGACUUUUAUUUUGAUUUCUUCUCUGAAAACUUCUAUGAAACAAUGCAAUUAAGUUCUGUACAAAGCAAAAUAUCUAUUUACAUAUACAUGUUAUUGUGUAUCUAUAUCACUCUACAGGACUAAAAUUUAUGUAUUGAGCACUAUAUUUGACAGCGGAAAUUUUUUGUUAUUUUUUUGUAUAAAUAUGACAAUAAAUGGUAAUUAUGU